CUACAUCGCCAGCUGAAAACUACAUGCAUGCAUUCGCGCCUGCUCAGCUUUGCCAUGAUGAUUUUAACUGUGUCUUAUUUGCCGGGUUAAAUAUGCAGAUUCAAGGUUGUGGUACGACUUAGAAGACGAGUGCGACCCGAGACAGCGAGUAGUCCGUGGGGAAAGGGCGGGAUGCUUAUGGGGAUGUUGGCAAUGUUGCAAUGCUUCUCCAGCCUUGCUUAGGCACAGGAACUUAUAAAAACGUCAAGUCGCGCCGUUUUAUUUUUACCCUCCAUAAAAGUACCCUUCUGCGAACAAUCUACUGUCUCAAUACUAUACUUGCACCGGUCGGACGGCACUUCGCCAUUGCAUCACAACACAUUUGAAAUGGCGACCGAAACCCCAGAGAGUCAUCCACCCACUGACUGGAGCAGAUGGGAGCCUGCUGGAGAAGGAGAUGUCCGCUCACCCUGUCCAAUGAUCAACGCACUCUCAAACCACCAUAUACUCCCGCAUAACGGCAGAAACAUCACUAAAGGACAAAUUGUGUCCGUCCUCACCAAAUCCAUCAACCUUGACUCCAAAAUAGCAAACAUCUUUGCAACUGGGGCACUCACCACGAAUCCCGACCACAGUGCUCACUCUUUUGAUUUGGACCAUCUCAGAAAACAUGGUGUCAUCGAGCAUGAUGUCUCGCUUUCAAGAAAUGACGUCGCGUUUGGCGACAACCAUUCAUUUGACAAGAGUGUCUGGGAGGGGGUUAUGAAUAGUUAUGGGGAGAAGACUGAGACAGAUUUUGCAAGUGUGAGUAAGGCGAGGUAUGAAAGGGUCAUGGCGGCGAAGAAAUCCCAUGAGGAGGCGGGAAAAGACUUCCAGUAUGGGAUAAAGGAGUUUAUUCUGAGCUAUGGAGAGUCUGCACUGUUCCUGGGUAUACUGGGAGAUCCGAAGGAUGGGAAGAUUCCAUUGGAAUACUUGAAAGUCUUGUUUGAAGAGGAACGGCUUCCUUUCAAGGAGGGCUGGAGGCCACUCGAGAAACCACUCACCCAGACUCAGAUGAACCAUCUUAUCUUCAGUCUUACGACGGCCAAUGAGCACAAAGCUGCAGAGGCUAAUGAAGUGGGAUUGGGGACUGUACAUGCCGUAACCAGUGCUGUUACAAGCAUUCUGCCGUCCUAUUGCAAUGUCAUGUAGUUGUUCAGCUGCUUCUCUUUACUGUUCUUAUUUCGAUUCAUUCUUUUACUGCCUACUUACACGUCAAAGUUUGGGUGCGAAAUAGGAAUUUUGAUUCUCUAGUCAUGAAUAUCGUCAGGAUUUCGGAAAGCUUACUAGCAAGUAUUUUUCUCAAAGAACAAAUGCAUGAAUUACUCGACCAAUGAAAAAUCAGAACCAGACAAGCACCAUUUGUUCCACAUCAAUCCCUAGAGGGAAUAGAUGAAGAAUACAAAACCUUGCC